AGCAGGUUGUUUGCAACCCUAUUGGACUGUGAAGAUGUGGGCGGAUUUGCACUGACGUCGCCCGUCUACGGAUUAACUUGUUUUUAUAAUGUGUAUCGUUGAUAAAAAAUAUCGUUAUCAACUGCUGGACGUCGAUGUAUAUCUUAAUUUUGUUUUAAAGUUGAAGGGUAGUGUUUAGAAUGUGCGUGUGAGAGUGAGGAAGCUGUGUCGAGGAUGUACACACUAACAUGAGGAUGUACGUCGAGGGAACGUCGCCAUGAUGUUAAAAAGUGUUGUUGUCCGGACAAAGUGAUGGGAGCCGAGGCUAGUAAAAACAGGAAGAGGCCACUGGAAGGGCAGGAAGACGAGCACUUCACGUCUGGAUGGCGAAGCUUUCUGUCCAGUAUAGGUCUUUCCAUCCCAGCCAGUCUCUGUCGCCUGGCUCCACCUGCCCUGCGUCUGCGUCGGCAGCGGAUGCUACAGGGCAAGGCCCCCGACAUCCCAGAGCAUGUUCUUCGGUUGGCCGGAGUUGGCCCUAACAAGCUCAGAGCAGAGUGGACGCUGCCAGGAUUCAUAAGUAUGUUUCUGCCGGAAUUUCCACACAGAACUUUGCCUGGCCCAGAGGACUUUCAGGUCUUGAGCUACAUUGCCAAAGGUUCAUUUGGACCCAUUCUGAAAGUGAAGGACAAAGCAAACCAGAAAAUGUAUGCAGUCAAAGUUAUUCCUAAAUCUGAGAUUCUGAGACUCGGGGUCCUGGAGCAGUCCAAAGAAGAAGUAAUAGUCCAGCGUCAGGUUCACCACCCAUUUAUCCACGAUCUUCAAGACUGCUGGCAGACACAGCGUCACCUCUACAUUAUGUGUGACUACUGCAGCACAGGAGACCUCUACACUUACUGGCAAAUGAUUGGUCAGUUCACGGAGGACACGGUGCGAGUGUUUGCAGCAGAACUUGGUUGUGGACUUGACUUUCUGCAUAACUUGGGUGUCAUUCACAGAGAUGUAAAGAUGGAAAAUAUUCUGCUAACAGACAACGGCCACCUCCGCUUAGCUGACUUUGGUUUGUCCCGUCGCCUGGAGAGAGGAGGACGAGCCUUCACUAUCUGUGGAACAAUCCAGUACAUGGCUCCAGAGGUGCUGAGUGGUGGACCCUAUAACCAUGCAGCCGAUUGGUGGUCACUGGGAAUUCUCCUUUUCUCAUUGGUUACUGGAAAGUUCCCUGUGCCUGCAGAACCAGACCACUGCAGCAUGUUGAGGAAAGUGAGGGCCUUUCCCUAUGAAAUGCCCCUGAACACCAGCCCUCCAUUUGCCUUGUUAUUAACAGAGCUUUUGUGCAAGACUCCAGCCCGCCGCCUGAGGAACCUGGAGCGAUUUAAACGGCAAGCCUUUUUCCAUGGAACAUCAUUUGACCACGUUCUCCUGCAGCGCAAGCCCGUGACGGUGAUUCUGGAGCUUAGAGAGAGACCAGACCGCGCUGCUAAAGCUCGACGUGGCUUCACCUUGUCUUUACAGCCUCUUAGAGGUUUCGACUAUGACGCUGUCCUCAGCCCUUCAGCCACACCAGACACACAGAUCCAUGCCAGCACUCAGACUCACACAGAUGUGUUUUCUCCGAGUGUGCCACUCCCACUGCAGCCUGCUCAGGAAAAACUCCCAGAGAGAUGUUUGUGUGAUGGACUGAGAUAAUGCAAUGAGUGUAAGAACACAGAAACCAACCUAAAUGUUUUUCUGUUCCCUACAUCAUCCCAGAUCACACAGAGGAGCCGUUUCCUUGUCCUAAUUGGGAAAGAGACAAAUUUUAUUUAGAGUGAUAGUCUUGCGUUGGUGGGAAAACCGCCCUUGCUGCUGAAAUUGGCCGGUUCUGUCUUUUUCAUGGUGCACAGACCCGAGUUAUCUCACACCUGUUUGCCUGUUACAAAUACUUUCACAAGCCUAUUUUAUUUGUGCAACAGAUUUGGAAAUGAUGUUUUCACAAUUGUUUUUUUCUUUUAGUUCAACAAUGACGGGGGGCUCUGCGAGUUUGUAAUGUUUUUUAAAAAAA